AUGAAGCAACAUGCCUUCAAGAAAGUUUUCUUCGAACCGCCGGAAUCUAUUCACGAGCUGUUGCGCAAUCAACAAGAGCUUUGUCUUGUUCCUGAAAAUGAGGAGGAAUUAGAAAAGCGAAGAAAGGAGCUGGAAACUCUGGAGAAAACCAUUUGCAAGCUUUGUCGCCGUAAACUGAAGCUUCCUGAACAAGAAAUACGCUGCAUGUGUAAUUUUGUCUUUUGCAAACGACACAGAGAGCCUUCUUCACAUUUUUGUCAGAUUGAUUACAAAGGGACUGGUCGAACCAAAAUCGUAAAGGAGAAUCCGAAAGUGAUGUACAGCGAUGUCCAUAAGGCGCAAGCUGGGAACUGA